AGGGAGAGAGAGAGACAGGGGGUUGCUACCGAAAUAGAGAGAAAUUUCAGCGGAGAGAAAGUGGGGGACGUGGAAAGAGUCAAUAUAGUCUGCAAUUUGUGCAGGCCAAUGAAAAAUACCAAGUAGUAUAAAAGUCAAGUGUUCGAGCGAUCGACAGAGGAGAUUAUUGCAUUGUUAUUCUGCAGAGGAAUAUAAAAAUGUCGUCUCCAAGUCCGGGUAAAAGGCGAAUGGAUACCGACGUGGUGAAACUUAUCGAAAGCAAACAUGAAGUCACGAUCCUGAGCGGACUCAACGAAUUUGUAGUGAAGUUUUAUGGACCACAAGGAACACCCUAUGAAGGGGGCGUGUGGAAGGUGCGAGUAGAUCUACCGGACAAAUACCCUUUCAAAUCUCCAUCUAUAGGAUUCAUGAAUAAAAUUUUUCAUCCGAACAUUGAUGAAGCGUCGGGAACCGUGUGUCUAGAUGUAAUCAACCAGACAUGGACGGCGCUGUACGAUCUUACCAAUAUUUUUGAAUCGUUCCUGCCUCAGCUGCUUGCGUACCCCAAUCCCAUAGACCCCCUGAACGGGGACGCGGCAGCCAUGUAUCUCCAUCGACCAGAGGAGUAUAAACAGAAAAUUAAAGAGUAUAUCCAGAAAUAUGCAACAGAGGAGGCCCUGAAGGAGCAGGAGGAGGGCGCCGGGGACUCCUCGUCAGAGAGCUCCAUGUCGGAUUUUUCGGAAGACGAGGCACAGGAUAUGGAGUUGUAGUGAAACGAGGCGCCCUUAACCACAGAGACUAUGUGAUUUCCUAACCAUGAGAAGCAGACUUAUAAUAUUCAUAUUUAAACAAGGCAAUUUUCUUUUUUAUUACUAAACAAGGAUUUUUAUGGAUAUAGCGUUGGUGUAUAUCUCACCCUCUUAGAUGUUCUUCAUCUCUUCAUGUUCAUUUCUCUACCCGAGGCGCAUAGCAUUCCCACAUUCCACUUUGGUAGCUGCAUUAGCUCGAAUGCAUGUGAUCACUGUCCCCUGGUCUACCUUACUCACGUGUGACUAAACCUCUAGAACAAAAUGGAGGCUUCUGCUGGCAAGGCCAAGGGGAGCACGUCCCUUCUCUUUGUGACCAAUGCACCGAAGAAACACUAGGAUGUUCUUGGUAGUCACAUCAUGGCUAUGACCCCCCCCCCCCUUU